UUUGGGAAGUUUCUCAAACUUUGUGGGGGGAGAGAGAGAGAGAGAGAGAAUGCUGGGAAGAGUAAGACGGUCAACAAUUAGCUCGCUGGAGCAACUGGAGUCGGAAAGGCCAUCGUCGAAGCUCAUGAAAGCUGACUCUCUCUCCAUAUACGAGACAACCCUUAUGAAGCUAAGGGAAGGCUCUCGACGUGAUACAAGCUUUCCUGCAGAGAGUUCAGUAGAUGGAAAUAAUCAUUGCCUCACUUCAGGCGGUUCACCUAGAGAGGAGGCAUCAAUAACUGAUGCUGAUUCUUCCAGUGAAAAUCUUGAAGAUACAAGUGGUUGUCAGCCCACAGGCUCCUCAAGAGAAACAAAGAAGAGCAACUUCUCUCUUGCUUAUAUGUUUUCCAGGUAUAGAAGUUCUCAGGGUGCUGGAGGCACAGCUGAUGAGGAUCCAAUGAUCAUUGAAGAUGGUAUUGAUUCUGCAAACUCUUCACGUAGCCCUAACAAUUCUCAGUUAAUGAGCAGCUCAGCACAGAUACAGUCCGCAAUACCGGAACAUUGCCCCCCUAUGAUUUGAGUUAAGAUCAUGUCAUAAGUUUUCUGAUAAAUGCGGAAGAAUGGUUGCUUGGCUAUCAUGGUGGUCGUAUUGUUGUCCUGUACGAGUAUUUUUUUUAUUUAUUAUUGUGCAAGAGUUGCCCUUCCAAGGUAGGGAUAAGGUUGCGUACAUCUAACCCUCCCCAGACCCCACUUGUGGAAUUACAUUGGGUUGUUGUUGUUGUAUUGUGCAAGAGUAGUUUAUACGUGAUGGAUGAGUGGAGAAAUGAGAACUUCCAGUAGUGUUGGUCAAAUUGCUUUCUGGAUGUAUUUAUUUUCUUUGUCAAUACUAUGAGGACCAGAAAAAAUUUGCAAUUGAUCAAUAAAAAUGAGCAUAGUGUUCGAUUU